GGGCAGGACAGUCGCACAGAUCAUCCAUCAUCCAAACAGACAGAGAGGGGAAAGAAAACACAGAGAAUAAUAAAACUCUGAUAACAUGAGAGCUGUGUGCGUUUGGGUAUCUGUGGCGCUCUGGAUGGGCAGCCCUGACUGGACGGCAGCGGCGGGACAAAGACUCAACGACUCCUCACUUCUAGGAGAGGAGAUAUUUUCUUACACGGGGAAUAUACUGAACGUUUCGGGCCAGUUGGAUAACCGGACUUCUGGAUUUUUCCUCCUGGACUUUGAUGAGGGGAUGCUGGAGGACUGGCGCUCUUUGGCCAGUAAGAAGCGCAGCGGCGGGGAGUCGCAGGACGGGAGCGUCAAGGCGCUGCUGGUGGCCGCUUACUCUCUAAUCAUCGUGAUCUCCCUGUUCGGAAACACCCUGGUGUGCCAUGUGGUGGUGAAAAACAAACGCACCCUGUCCGCCACCAGCUUGUUCAUAAUGAAUCUCGCUGUGGCUGAUAUCUUCAUCACUGUGCUCAAUACGCCUUUCACCCUGGUCCGAUUCGUGAACAGCACCUGGGUGUUCGGGAGGACGAUGUGUCACAUCAGUCGUUUUGUACAGUACUGCUCCCUGCACGUGUCCACUCUGACCCUCACCGCCAUCGCGCUGGACCGACGACAGGUGAUCUUACAUCCUCUGAGACCUCGCAUGUCCCCGACACAAGGCGGUGUUUGGGUCGCUGUUAUCUGGAUAAUGGCCAGCUGCUUCUCCCUCCCACAUGCAAUCUACCAAAAGCUCCUGACCUUUACAUACAGUAAGGAAAAGGAGCGCAGCCUGUGCGUCCCAGAUUUCCCGGAGCCAUCAGAUGUCUACUGGCAGUACAUCGACCUCCUGACCUUCAUAUUACUUUACAUGCUGCCGCUCCUCAUCAUCACCGCCUCCUACACCACAGUGGCCUGCCGGCUGUGGCGCCACAACGCCAUCGGCGACACCACAACAGCUCAGCACGCCGCCCAGAGAAGAAAGCGCAGGCGGACGUUGGCGAUGUUGCUCCUGGUGGUCGGGGUUUUUGCCGUCUGCUGGUUCCCACUCAACUGCUACGUGGUGUUGCUGUCCAGCCAGGCCAUCCACUCAUCCAACGCCCUUUACUUCUGCUUUCACUGGCUGGCUAUGAGCUCCACCUGCUACAACCCUUUCAUCUACUGCUGCCUGAAUCCCACCUUUCGCCAAGAGCUGAGGCUCCUCUUCGACAUGUGCAGGAGGAAACGGAGGGCCGUGGUCGGGUUGGAACCAGAGAUUCGUCCCGCGGCAGCCUGCGCUCUUGGUCGCCGGGUCGCCUGGCCCGACAACCAUGAAUCGUCGAGGCCGGGGCGUGCUUUGUCCCACCCGGGUCACGCUUCCUCACAGCAGAGUCAUGCCUCUUCCAGUCAGUCCCACAACCUCAAAGAUACACAUGUGCUCUUCACAGCCAGGCAGGCCCUCACAGGAAGAACUGACAUCCUCUCAGUGGAGCCCAUCGUCACUGUGAGCUGACUGAAAAAACCUGCCACAAUGAGACAGGUCGUCGAGAUCCUUUUUCAAUCCCAUUUCAGGAUUUCAUCAUGUUCCAAAGAGAACAAAGGAUCUGAAAAAUCUCAGAGAUGUAUGGUGCGGUUCAGCUCUACAUAGGAUUUUGGUAGCAGCAGGACAGGACAGUGAUUUUCCUGUGGUUUCAUCCGGCUUUCAGAUCGACCUCUAACCUUAAAAAAUGAGCAACAAUCUCAACCACAAGGUUAGUCUUCAGCAGC